GACCCUCUCCAUCGCACGCUCACAAUUUCCAUAAAUUCACGAAAUCUCAUUCUUCUUCCUUAAUUUUCUUUCUUCCUGUUUCACAUCCGGAUCUGAUCAGAUCUGUUCAUCCCAUUUAUCGAAAAUCGGAAAACAACUGAACAAAUUCAUACACGCAUAUAUGAUUGUAGCGAAUUAAACUAUAUAAUUCCAAUUAUAGAUACAGGAUGGCAGUGGUGUCGCCUUUAGCCAAGUACAAAUUGGUGUUUCUCGGCGAUCAAUCGGUCGGAAAAACAAGCAUCAUUACCCGUUUUAUGUAUGAUAAAUUCGACACCACUUAUCAGGCUACUAUUGGCAUUGAUUUCUUGUCAAAAACAAUGUACCUUGAAGAUCGAACAGUUCGCUUGCAGCUUUGGGAUACUGCUGGUCAAGAGAGAUUUAGGAGUCUUAUUCCAAGCUACAUUAGGGAUUCUUCUGUGGCAGUGAUUGUGUACGAUGUUGCUAAUCGACAGUCAUUUCUGAACACUUCAAAGUGGAUAGAGGAAGUACAUACGGAACGAGGGAGCGAUGUCAUUGUUGUUCUCGUAGGGAAUAAAACUGAUCUUGUUGAUAAGAGGCAAGUUUCGAUUGAAGAAGGAGAUUCAAAGGCACGUGAAUUUGGCAUCAUGUUUAUAGAAACAAGUGCUAAAGCUGGUUUUAAUAUAAAGCCUUUGUUCAGGAAAAUAGCUGCGGCUUUGCCAGGAAUGGAAACUCUUUCCUCAACGAAACAGGAAGAUAUGGUCGAUGUGAAUUUGAAGCCAUCUACAAAUACAUCCCAGACGGAGCAACAAGGAGGUGGCUGCGCGUGCUAGAGAUUGUACUUAAGAAGAACGAAGGGGACGAAAAAAGGUUGAAAUUACCCAAAACUUAAUGUGUCAAGCUAAUUGCCUUGUAUAGCUAUUCUCAUUGAGUAUAUGGUUGCAGCAGUAAGAGGAAGAAAGAUUCUAUAAAGUAGUGUUUUUUCGUUAGUGUACUUAUUCAUUUUUGUUUGAAUUCUAUGAACGAGAGAUUUGUUCCUUUAUUCAAUUUAUAAAGUUUUUUAAAAGUUUCAUU